AUGAAUCUUUACUGAAAAAUAAAAGCAGCAUCCCAAGGGACCACUGUUAACUCAGAAUUUGCUGAUGGAAUCGCCUUCGGCAUGUUGAUGGACCAAGAAGUUGAAACAGGUCCUGAAUUCUUCAGUCUGUUCAGAGAUUGGCAGAAAUUAGCCAAUGAGCUUAGCCUCCAAGGAUCUAAGAGAUGUCUUAUAUUCGAAAAUUUUUACCAGACUCUAAAGAAGGGUCCAACUUUGAUGAAUGCUCUUUCAGAAACAAGCAAUGAGACUAAAACUCAAAUGAAGAAGAGGGACAGAAAAGCGAUUGAAAAAAGCAAAGAGAAAACAGAAGAAGGUGAGCUCCCUCCUGUUAGCUCAAGUAAAAGCCCUAGUGGGUCUCAUAAGAGGAAAAACACAGAAGAAUCUGAGAACUCCAAGUCAGCUCCUAUUCAAACUUUCAAAGCAAACGAUGCAGAGGAUGGAUCUAUUACCUCCUCUCUACCGGACCCACCUCUCCCCUCCACCUCACCUUGUUUAUUCUCUCCUUCAUGCUCUCCUGCCCAGCUCCCUUCUCCUCCUGAAAAGGACUCCUCCCUCGCUCCACUUAAAGAAGCCUUCUGCUCUAAGCCAAGCGCCAAGAUGGUGGUCAAGCACAAAUGCGGAUUUUGUAAGGAAGACUGACUCGAUGGAAAGGUGAGAAAUGAGUGCGGUCAUUUCUACCAUACUAAAUGCUUAAAUAAGAGGGUGAAGAAGAUGCUGUGUGAAGGAAUCCAAGGAGGAGUAAAAUGUCCAAUGCCGACCUGUCCAAAAUCCUCUUGCGAUAUCUCUAGAUACACCAUCUUCUCAGCAAUAGACUCAAUGGAGAAGACCUGCUACGAUACUUUAUGCUUGAUUUCACAAAUCUCUCGUGUUGGUGAUGCGAAGGAAAUCUAUUGGUGUUACAGAUGCAGAGACUUCAGCACUAAGAUCCAAGAUCAGGAAAAAUCCAACCCCAGCCUGACUUGCAGCACUUUUAAAAAUCCAAGCUGCUCAAAAUGUAAGAAAAGGAUAGACUCUUUAAGAAAGAUGCUUGGAGAAUUUAAACGUUAUGCCUAUAAAGACCAGUCUCCUAACAAAGAUAAGAAAAUGGUCGAAAUGGUGACUUACUGCCUUCAAGACUGCAAGCUGAGACUUCCAAGAUGCGAGAAAUGCCUAAACUGGAACCAUAAGUUUUUGACCAGCUCUGCUAGAUGUAAUUGCCAUAAAUCUUAGUAAUUUUCAGUUCGCAAUA